ACAAAAUGCAUCAAAAACGAAUGGACAAGAACUGUCAUAUUCCUGACUUGGUACAGGCAUUUUCAAAUGUAGAAAAUGGUGGAUUAAACCUGGUUCUAUAGCGCUAAACCAUUUGCGGUAUUAUUAUAUGUUAUUUGUUACAUUCCUUAUACAGAUAAUUUCUUAGACAUGUUAGAGUUCUAAUAAUUUUUUUUUAUCUAGAAGUGUAUAAAAGGUCGAUUUUUAAAACUUAAAACCGUCAGUCCAUUGUAAUCAAAUUAUUUUUGAUGUUUUUUACAGGCAUCCGGUAGAUUCUCUGCAGCAACGUGUAUAAUAUUGUUCACGACAAUAGCUCUUUUAUGUGACUUUUUUUUGGAACCAUAAGAAUAGAUGAUCUGAUUCUCGGACGAUUUUUAUUUUGGAAGAAAAAACUUUAACUACAGUAUUGAAAGUGAAAGUAGCUACACAAGAAAUUGCUGUCAAGGUCUUUAGAAGGUAUAUAAUCAUACAUUAAUUGGAUAUUGGGAACAACAUAUUUGAAGAAAUUGAAAAAAAUAGUUUUGGAUCAGCCAUGUACCACCAAACACAUGAAAGGUCAAUGACAUUCAAUGGAAAAAACGAUGAAUAUAAUAAGCCUCACAAUUUCCAUGAUGAAACAAGGGAUUUCCAAUUCAAAGAAGACGGACGUUCUCGUGUUCAUGAUGGUUUCGAAUAUUUUGGACAAACACGGACGGAGUUUCGAAAGAACACGUUGAGGCAUUCUAACACAGGUCGACUAGGAAAUGAUAGAAUAGAAUCAAGGAGGCUUGUUGGUCACGAAAGAAGGGAGAAUUCUGGACGUCGUAACCCCCUGUUAAAGAAAGGAAACGAAAUGGGUCAUAGCAGAAACGAUUCCUACGACGAAAAGGUAGAUAUAAAACAUGAACGAAAUAGGCAUAAAAGAAAAUAUGAUCAGAACGUAAGACAUACUUCGCAUGAAAUAAAAGAAGAUUUUCAAGAGCAGAGUGAAUAUAGAAAUACGCGUUCUCAUGACUUCGAAAACAGGGAUAGACAAAAUGCCGAGGGAUCGUCACAUUAUUUUGAUAAACACUUGGACAUUAGUAGACGGCAAACCGGAAAAAAUUUUGAAAGGGGCAAUUUUAAUGCUUUUCGUAGUGGUAGAUAUCAAAAGGAAAAUUGUGACACACAAGAUAAUUAUGAUUCAGAUUUGAGCCAUCUGAUGUUACCAGGUAGAUACGAAGACAAUCAAUUAGAAUGUGAAUUAUCACCAGUGUCAUCUGAACCCAUUGAAGAAUAUGCCAUUGAAGAUAAAGUUUCUAUUUUACUCAAUAUCAUUUUAGAAAAUGGAGGAGAAAUUGAAAUUCAAGAACUUCAAAACGAUUGGAUUGAGACAUUUGGACAAAGUAUAGAUGAAGAAAGUGGAGAUUUGAAAACUUUCUUAGAGAACUAUCCGAAGGUGUUUGAACUUGCAACUGAAACUGUUGAAGAGGCAGAAGAGGGAGAAUCGCCCGAGGAAAAUGGAAGAGUUCGUGCCAAGACAGAGGCCACAUUAUGCCAAGCUCACGCAAAUGUUCCAAAUUCAUGCAAAGGAGGAUGCAAUGCCCUUCAUAUUUGUAAAUUUUAUUUUCUUAGCUCCUGUGGAAUGACUAACUGUAAAUUUAUUCAUGACUUUGAUAAUGAGCACAAUAGAAAAACAAAAUGGAAGUAUUUUCUGCAUCGAGUUAAGUUACAAAAUAUAUGUCGAUUACUUCAGCAUGAUGCUAACAGAUGUAGAGUAACAGUCCCUGUCAUCUGUCGAUUCUAUAAUACUAAAGGAUGCAGGAAUCAACAGCCGCCUCGAAAAUGUCCAUUUUUGCAUUUGUGUAGCAAUUACGUUGAUGGAAAGUCCUGCGCUGCUUUUUGUCGUCAAAACCACAGUUUAUUAGAAAGUUCAGUGCUUGAAAUACUGGUCAAGUAUAAUUUGGAUCCGAGAGAAUGGAGUCAAGGUGAGCAAAGAAUACUUUCUAUAUUACGUUGGGCUUCUAAUGAUUUUAAAGAAAAUAACAAGAAUCGGUAUAUUCCAUAUAAAGUCGAAAAAGGGUAUAUUAACAUUUCUAACGAAAAACUAACCAGAAAAAGAAAGUUGUUUGGCAAGGAACAAAUUGUUAGCUCAGCAGUCAAAAUACCGAAAAUUUCAGAUGAUCUAUCAAUUUCAACUGAUGAUGAAUGUCCCAUUGCAAAUCAUAGUUAUUCCUGGUCUAUUUUUGGUGGCAACGUAAAUGAAGACAUUCCAGAUGACAUCGGCAAAUAUCUUGAAGACAAGCACCGAAAAUACUUGCUCGCAAAGACAGCAAUUGUUACCCUCAAAGGAAAAAGAUUUAUCGUUGAUUUUGAGAAACUCGAAGGCCGGUUUGAUGGAGGCACGUCAGAGGUAAAAAUAUACAGAAAUGGUUUGAAAAGGGAUUCCGCAGAAAAAAUAAGGACACCAUCAGACCAGUUAGAAACAACAACAUCAGAAGAUGGAUACUCAUCAAGCAGUACCGACGAGUCCGAAAGCAAUGACCCAUUCGAAAAGGUCAAAAAUGGCGAGUUCAUAAAGAUUUGAAUAUAGACUGAAAUUUGUGAUUUUCAAAAGUGUAUGUGUAUAUAGGUUUGUGAACAGUUGUUUCGUUUUUACAUUCUUAAUGUAUACCAGGAACAUUUUUUUUUCAAUUUUCGUUAUUUUAGUUUGAUCAAAUUUGACAAUUCCUUUUCAUCCAAAGAAAAGUUUAUUAUUUUCGUUUAUACAUUUUUACGAAGUUUAAUUUUACAACAUUGAUAAUCCGACGACUUUAAAAAAGUAUUGAAAUAGUUUAAACAUUAUUUUACUUCACCAGUCGGAUAAAAAAUUAUAUCAUUGGCGAACGAAAAGAUAGGUAUUGUUAUAUUAGUACAUUUUUGUAUUGACAUGUAUUUCUUAGUUUAAUCAUCAUCGAACGUUUUCUCUUAUACAUUUUAAUUUGGCGGCAGUUGCCAGCGCUGUAUAAGAAGUGAUAGCUAUGUAUCUAACUUUGGUAUACAGUUAUAAGGCAGGGUGAAAACAGUUAAACGGAUUAUUGUCUAUGCCGAGAAUUUCAGAGAGAGUACAAAGAAUUAAAAAAAAAAAUGCAUUUUCAUCUUUAAGAUGAUAAUGUGCAAAAAAGUAUCCUGCAUUCCCUAAAAACCAAAAUACAUCAACCGUUAUUCUACUUUCCGUAAAAAUAACAUGUAUGGUUGAUGCAAUGGAUAGAUUGUGUGUUGAAAUUCAACAUAAAUCACAGAAGGAAAGUGAAAGCCAAUACGUGCAUAACGGCGUGAAAAGAUUUUAAAAAAGUAAAAAGGGAACAAGAAGUUGAAGACUAAGGAAUGAAAAAAAGGCAAAUAAAAACAACUUUGAACAUAAAUUAAAAAAAUUAUGUUCUUAUAUAUGCCUAGCAUCGGGAAAAGAUUUGAAAAAAGGAAACAAGAUGUAAAAGAUCAACGACUUAAAAAAAAGGAAAAAAUAAAAAAAUAAAAAAAUAUCAAUAAUAAAAUUGAACAGGACAAAAAUUUAGUGUGUGAAUAAGUAAAAUAAGAGGAUAUUUUUUUUAAUACGAAAUUAAUUGUAGAAAUAGGAAUUUUAUCCAACACGAUUGUAUACACAUAAUAAUCUUAAACAACUCCUUGCACUGACAAUUACCCAGGAACAUACAUAUUAACGUUAGAUACACUGUUCCCAGAAUUACCCUACACAGUUCAUAUAUCUGCAUAUUUCAUAAAUAUAUAUUUUAUAUACAUUGUUUAAUAUUGUUAGGAGUUUUGUUUUAUUAUUUAAAACUUUUCUGAUUGAAAGAUCAUUUCAUAAUGUGAUACAGAUACGUCUAUACAUAUUGCGGAAAUUGUCCAGCAAUAAAAAAAGAUAUCGAAACCAAAUUGAACUAUUUUAGUUAGAAUCACCUGGAAGAUAAACAAAUCUAUCUUCAUUAUAUGGGCUUACUUACCUUAUUUUUUAAGUACAAUACGGAUGAAUAGUACUGACAGAGAGUUUUAAAAAAAAUGUGUGUCAGAAAAUCUUUAAAAAAAAAUGAGAAUUCAUAAAAGUGUUAUUAUGCAAAUGAAAAGUAGUAAACAGAAAUAUCAAAAGGAAUUCUUCGAUAUUGCAGAACAGAACAGAGUUAUGAAUUACGAUCAUUAUCAUCCUGGAUACUUGUUUUCUUUUUCAAACACAAAAUUAUGUCUACUUUUUACGUUUGUAAAUAUAUCAUACUAAGAUUUGCUAAAUAAAGUGUAUGUGUCUAUAUAA